CUGUCACAUUUGUGCAAAUAGAUUUUGGAUUGAUUCGAUUGAUGAAAAUGACUUGGUGAUAGCUUUGAAUCGAAUAAAAAAACUAAAUUAAUUGGUCCUUAUGGAAUUAUGAUUAUAGCUUAAAUUCUAUAUAAUCACUUAAAGUUUAAUCGUGGUACUUUUCUUACAAAAUGACGGAAUUACUCCUGGAUCCUAAUAUACGUGUUUGGGUGUUUCUGCCUAUAGUAAUUAUCACGUUCCUCGUUGGAAUUGUAAGGCAUUAUGUUUCGAUUAUUUUAUCGUCUCAGAAGAAAAUUGAAUUAUUGCAAGUUCAAGACAGCCAAGUUAUGAUCAGAGCUCGUCUGCUCCGAGAAAAUGGCAAAUAUCUGCCACGACAGUCCUUUGCCAUGCGUCGACACUGGUUCAACAAUGAGGAUACUGGCUAUUUUAAAGUACAAAAAAGAGCUGCUGCUUCACAGAACCCAAUGACUGAUCCCGGCAUGAUGACUGACAUGCUAAAAGGGAAUGUGACUAAUGUACUGCCUAUGAUUGUCAUUGGAGGAUGGAUCAACUGGAUGUUCAGCGGUUUUCUUACAACCAAGGUACCAUUCCCUCUGACUCUGAGAUUUAAGCCAAUGCUCCAGCGUGGGGUGGAGUUGGCAUAUCUUGAUGCAUCCUGGGUGUCUUCUGCCUCCUGGUACUUCCUCAAUGUGUUUGGUUUACGGACCAUAUACACACUUGUAUUGGGUGAGAAUAAUGCUGCCGACCAGUCUAAAGUGAUGCAAGAACAAAUGUCCGGAGCUGCAAUGGCAAUGCCUCCGGACCCAAAAGCUGCCUUCAAAGCUGAAUGGGAAGCGCUAGAGAUAACUGAACACCGCUGGUCACUUGCUAAUGUUGAAAGUGAUCUGCUUGCUACUGAUAGUAAUAACUAUCUGUAAAUGUAUUAUUUAACACUUUCAGUGCCACCGAUAACUUUAGUAUGAGAAAAUCGUAUGAGCCUGGAAUGCAUUAACACUGGCACUUUGGUAGUAAGGACAAAAUAUAAAAAUAUUUGUUAUUAGUUUAAAUAUGUUAAUUUAGUAAA